AUGACCCUGGCGGCUUCCUCUCAGCGCUCCCAAAUCAUUCGCUCCAAGUUCCGCUCUGUCCUCCAGCUCCGGAUCCACAGACGGUAUCAGGACCCGAAUCCGUGGAUCUCAGCCUCAGGCCCGGCUCUGGCCCCCAUCCCGGCCUCGCCCUCGGGCCCCGCCUCUUUCCUCUCCAGUCCUGGGGUCCUGCACCCCGAGCCACAACGCUGCCCUUGGAGGCCCCUGAAGGAUGCGUCUCCCAAGGUCUCCCAGCGCUGGACGGAGGCCAAGCCCCAGGGGAACCUGACAUACCACCAGUACCUGCCCCCAGAGCCGAGACAAGGGGCCAGGGCAGACUCCCAGGCCCCAGGGUCGGCCGUGGCUGCCCCUCGGCCACCUGCCUGGGCAGAGACAAACUCCCAGCAGCCACCUCCUAGGAUGAAGGCCACCUCACUCCCCGCGGGCUGCCCGGGGGCCCACAGCCCCUCGCCUCCUCCACACAAGUUGGAACUUCAGACCCUGAAACUGGAGGAGCUGACGGUCUCCGAGCUCCGGCAGCAGCUGCGCCUGCGGGGCCUCCGGGUGUCGGGGACCAAGUCGACGCUCCUGGAGCGCAUGCGCGGAGGCGCCCCAUCCCGCGAGCGGCCUAAGUCGCGGCGCGAGGAAGGUCCCGCGGGCGCGCCCUGGCCACGCCUCAGGCCCAAGGCCCUCGCCGCCGCCCGACGACACGGCUCGUCCAAGCCCAGCCCAGCAUCUCCCCCACCGCCUCUUUCUCGUGCCGUGGGACCCCACGUGCCCCCUCCGACUCCCGCUCCGGCUCCGGCUCCGGCUCCGGCUCCGGCUGCAGAACCGACCCCUCCCUCAGCACCAGCCGCAGCACCAGCCGCAGCAGCCCCGACUCUGGAGCAGGAGCUGCAGGAAGCGAUCCGGAGGGCGCAGUUGCUGCCGAACCGGGGCAUCGAUGACAUCCUGGAGGGUCAGGAGGAGCCUGAUGACCCGCUGCCCCCCAUCCCCCUGGACUUCCCCGGCUCCUUCGACGUGCUGUCCCCUUCCCCAGACUCUGAAGGCCUCUCCUCUGUCUUCUCUUCCUCGUUCCCGUCCCCCACAAACUCCCCAUCCGCCUCUCCCAGGGGCCCCACGGACUCCUUGGACUGGCUGGAAGCUCUGAGUGGGGGUCCUCCGCUGGGCUGUGGGCCCCCAGCCCCCAGCAUCUUCUCUGCUGAUUUAUCUGACUCCAGUGGCCCCCGGCUGUGGGACCUGCUGGAGGGUCCCUGGUGAUGGAUUCUAGGGUUUCAAGGGACGGAGAACUGGUCAGGACAGGGAGUCACAGAGACAGGCUCCCUGAGGGAGGGGUUGGAACGACUGGGAGUCCCCUCCCACCACAGACCCAGAAUCAGAAGCAACGCUCAUCUCACCUGGGCCCUAAACUGCUGCGACUCACC